AUGCAGCAGCAGCAGCAGCAACAGAAGCAUUCAACGCCAACGGGGCAAACUCUCCUUUGUGCAGCGGGUUUGAUGACGCUCCAGCGCACUACUCAAACGACUGGGCCAGACAAGAGUGCGAUCAUCAAUAGCAAUCACGCAAGGGCGGGCACAGGGCCCAGUCCGCACGCUAAGGAGAGCUGGGGCAAGGUUGGGAAGGGCUACUCAAUCUUCUGCUUCUGCUUCUUCUUCUUCUCCUCUGUUUCUUCUUCUGCGAGCCUGCAGCAGAACCCUGGACGGCGGCGCGGUGGGGCCCGGCAGCAUCCCUGUCAAUCGCAAUUAACACUCGGCUCUGCGCCCAGGGAUCCGCCUCUUACGAGGGCCCAGUUUUUACUUUCUUCCCCCCCGGGGAUCGUUCGAAACCGCGCCGUGUUGAGCGACUUUUCCGCCCUGCAGAAGAAGAAGAGGAAGAAGAAGAAGAAGCCAUAA